AUGACAGAUUUAGAAAACAAGAAGCCACAGAUCUUUGAAGAGUCCUCGCAAUAUCAGCACUGGAGGUUCAGCCCUAAACAACUAUGGGACAUUCGAAACAAAAGCACCAAUGAAGCCAUCCGUCGCGUGAAGAAGAAUAUCCAAGAGGAACAGAAGAAUGAGGAGGAGGAUGGAGCACUUGAUAAAGAUUUUCUUUCAGCAAAAGAAGAACUGGCGCUAUGUCGAUUCUUUGAAAUGCAAUGUCAAGUCAUGAGCAAGCAUUGCAAGCUAACAGACAUGGUAAUGGCAACGGCUUUGAUCUACAUGAAGCGAUUCUUUCUAUACAAUACUGUGAUGGACUAUCAUCCCAAGGACAUACUCUUGACAUGCCUGUUCUUGGCAACCAAAUCAGAAAGCGAGAGAAUGUCAAUUGAAGAUUUUGGAAAGACUUUUCAUCUGAAAUCGACAAAAACGGUGCUUAGCUUGGAGUACACCGUAUCCCAGGGCCUCAAGUUCCAGUAUUAUAUUCAUCACCCUUACAGACCAGCGUAUGGUUUCUUCCUAGACAUGCAGACCGGACCUACAGAUAUUAAACUGCUAAAGGAGACGUACAAAAAAGUAGACAAAGCUAUAGCAGAGAUUCUGCUUUCUGAUCUACCAUUGAUCUAUCAACCAGCACAGCUCGCAUUGGCAGCAUUUAUGCUAGCAGGAAAGGACAACGGAUUCGACCAACAAGUAAAGCGAUACAUUACUGAUAGAUUUGGACAAGACGCACCCACACUACUAUCCAUUGUUGAGCGCAUAUUGGGGUUAUUAAAAACAGUUACUCCAGUAACACAAGAGGAAGCCAAGGAAAUUGACAGAAAAUUAAGGCUCUGUAUGAAUCCAGCAAUGAAUCCUGAUUCAGCCAUGUAA